CAUUUAUUGAUGAUGGUGUUUAUUCCUCUGUUACCGUUGAGAUUUGAAUUUCAAAACUCUCCACACCAAACGCCAUCUCAGUCUCCAUCCUUAAAAAAAAAAAAAAAACAUCUAUUCUAAGAACCCUAAUUUGACGUUGGCUUAUUGAAUAGCGAUUUCUUUGUUUGUUUAUCAGAAUCAAUAAAGAGAUGAAGCAGUCUCAUCAGGUCUCAAUAGCAUCAAAAUCAUCGGUGAGGAAGCCACUGAAAGACUUAUCAAAUAACAAUGGAAGAUUCUUGAAAUCUGUGAACCCCAAGAAAAUAUCAAUGCCAGCCAAGGAAAUCGGUGAUAAACAAAGUGUUGUUACGGUUCAAGAACAAGAACAACAACAACAACAACAAGACGAUGACUGUCUCGAUCGCCUCUUGCUUGUCCAUUCUGAUCUCUCGUCUCUCACUCGCCAGAUAGAUGAACUUGUUGCGCAAGCAUUUAAAUUGAAGGCCACAAGCAAAGAGGGAAGACAAGAAAUUGAAUCUUUUAUGCAUGUCUUGUCCAAUAUGCUUUCUUCUUUAAAGCCAUGGGUCCCUAGGUUUCAGAAGGUUCUUUCCAGUCAUUUUGUGGAGCCUGAAAAUCAAUUACCGCAUAAAACUGUUUCUGAAAUAAAUGAAGAUGGAAGCUUUGAUGUUGACAGCCCAGAAAAAACCAACAUGGAUUCGCUUAUCUCUCCUUCUCCCCUUGUAUCCUGGCGAGCUGGCUGCAAUGUUGAGAGAGGUAGGCAACUAUUUCUGCUAACACCCCUUCCUAUGCCAAAAACACUAUCUUCUAGAUGUCAAGACUUGCCUAAAUCAGUAUUUGAAAAGAUUUCCUUAAAUCCUGCUGUUGAACCACCAUCAACUUCUACUAUUUUUGGAGAUGGAAAUGAAGAUUUGCUUGAAGACAUGGCAACAAAACCGAUCACAAGUAAGCCUUCUGAUCCCGUUGCAACUGAAGGAAAACUUGAGUGUCUUUCUUCCCCGAUGUUUUCAAAACAAAACCACUUUGUUGCUAUGACCCCAUGUUUAAACAUGUCUCCUCCAAAAUCUUGUGUGUUGCUCGAAGCCAUCUCUCAGUCCUCUCAUAAAGGCAAUUAUAGGUUGCGGAAGUCCACGCCAUUUCCUGUUGGAAUUCAUUCACACAUUUCUGAAUCCUCUGGCAGUGAAGGUUCUGAGGAUCUGACUUUGAAGUACCCAGAGCUCUUAGGGAUACAACGAGCUUAUAAAUCUAGAAUGGGAAUUAAAGAUCUAGAGUCAUCUCCAAACUGGUCCUUUUCACCUCCUAAAACUUGUGUUGUUUUGGAGCCACCAGUUGAGAAAUCAUUGGACAUCCAUGUUGCUGAUCACCACUUGAAAGUCCAUGCUCCUGUUUUGAAUCAGCAAACGAAUUCUACUCUUACAAAAGAAUGUGAUGUUCAAGGAGGUUGUCAUCAAAUCAAGAAACCUUGCAAUGGAGGACCUGUAUGUGGCGUCUCAAAGCUAAUAAUAGAAAGCACUCCUUUAUGGAAGGAGCCUGAAAGCACAAUAAGGACAAGGAAGCGUCCUGGUGAGAAUACGCUGAAGAAGGAACUUUGGACAAAAUUUGAAGCAGCAUCUACAUAUGGGUUCCGUUUGGAUGCUUCUGCAUUCCAAGGGACUGCACAAAAAGGAUUUCUUGACAUGCUUGAUGAAGCUUCCUGUGACGAGGGUAAGUCUAACUGCUGAUAGUUUUGAGAAAACAAAUAUUUUAUAUGAUGGAAAGUUUUGACGAGGGAAUCUUGUUGUAUGGUAUAGUUGUUUAGAUUGCCAAAAUCUUUUGUAAACUUCCCAAAAACAUCUACUUCGAAGCAUUCCUUUGAGUAUCUUUGCAAUAUGAAUGGAGUUCUUCCAGUGAAGAACGUUGCAAGUGCAAGUGCUGGGUGAAGGCGAUAUGUGCUUUUGGAAUACAAAGCCUAAGGAGUAGCUGGUUGGUUUCCUUUUACUGUACUAUCUAAAAUGUAGAGAAUAAGCCCUUGGGAGAUUAUAAAACUUACUUCCAUUAAACUAAAGACUUGGUCAUUACUGUAAUUGCUGAUUCAUAUGAGUUUGCACUGAAAAGUCUAAACCUUUUUCUUCUCUUUUA